AUGCAUAUGUGCUAUGAGAGACCCAGCGUGGCCACCGCCCUGAACGGAGGCGUCGGGUACGACAAGUGGGACCGGGGCGGGGGAGGCGGUGCGGGCGGCGCGUGGACGGGCCGUGAGCCGCGCGACGCCCGCGAGCCCCGCGCCGAACCGCGCGACACUCGUGAUCGCGAGCGCGACCGCGAACGCGAGCGGCAGGCACGUGCACACCAAAUGUCAAAUGCUCACGCGGCUGAGCCGGACGCCUCCUCACUCUUCCCGGCACCUUUUAGAGUGACUGGCAAUAGAGAUCGCGUGAGCCAACAGAUCCAAAUCAAACUCGGCGACUACCGGCUCGCGCAGACGCUACUCGACGACCCAAGCAAGUCCAUCGGAAUUUGUGCCGAACCACCAAGUCCUGCUCCAUGUCACCCGUCGCGCCGAGAGAAUGAGUUCAAAAAGCCUACAAAUGCUCUACAAAAUGGCAGAGUACAUCACCGCCCGCCCUAUUAUAACAAGAGCGAAGGACUCAACUCGACGGGUCCGGCUGCGCAUCGACCACCUCCCUUACGGUUACCUAAUGGAAUUCAAUCACAAAAUAACAUCGACAGCAGCCAACCGCCAAUAGAAAGUAUAUUAAAGGAGAUGAAAUCACUCCCAACUCCGGUGUCGGGUAUCGCAGCGACGCCUCGGAAGGAGCUCGAAAACAAAUUCAUAUUUAACCCGUUCACCAAUAAGGUGCAAGAGAAUCCUCAGCUAUCUCAAACAAACAACGAUCUCAAAACACCCCUCACAAAACCCGGGUUGGACAACCGGAUAUCAAACUCAAGGAGUUCUGUGUCGCCUGACGUGGUAAACAAAAGCCUCGGGCUGUCGGAGAGCGAUGACGAGGUCGCAGCCACCACUACUAGGCUAGAGCCCAUCCUAUCCCCGAUCGGUUCGGGUGGCAGUCCGAGUUCCGGUAGCGAGUCAUCCCCAUCCGACUCUGAGUCGGAGUCGUCCUCAGCAGAGUCGACAGGUGGGACUGUGCCCCCACCAGCGGUCGCACAGCCCCCGGCACAGAGACCGUCGUGGAGCCUCUCGAACUUCGCCCCUCCGCCUGCUCACCCGCCUGACCAUGCGGACCUUAGCAAUGUACUGGCUGAUGCGAAAGGGAAACCGAGUCCAAUAUCGGAAUUGUCGGAUUCGGAGGCAUCGUCGCCUUCUCCCGGAGCUCGAAGACGGAGAUCUCUCGCAAACCGCAUUUCAGCCGCGUCAAGUGAAGACGAGGCACCCCGACCGAAUCCGGUUCGAACUCAAACAUCGCCUUCCAUAUCUAUCACAAACAACUCCCAAAGUGGGGUCAAACGUGGUAGACCUCCUAAACCCCGUACGCCAGAAGAGAGACCCGCGAAAAAGAAACGCGGUAGACCUCCAAAGAGAAAUCUCGGGGGGGGCCCGACCCCCGCCCCCGACAGUGAACCGGAACCCGACCCCCCUCAACACCAUCCCCUGCAAGACACAAAGACGCAUAUAUUUAGAAAGGUUUUUACACCAAAAAAGACGGACGAGUGCGGCGGCAAAGGUGGUAAAGGUGGCAAAGGGAAGGGCGGAAAAGGAAAAGGUCAAGUCACAAUCAUCGAAAGCACGGCCCUAGAGUCCAGAGUUGAUGAUGACGAAAGGCGACACAGAGAUCGAUCAGCGGAAAGACGGAAUGAAGAAGCAAUAGCUCGAGUCUCCCCUCCACAGGAGCCUGAAACGUUGACAAGGAAACGGGAAGCUGAACGAAUGGCUUACGAAAGGAUACAGGAGAGAGUCUCGAUCGAACGGCCCGAACGAACGAACGAUCGGAUACCCGACCGAACGGACCGGUUACCCGACAGACGAUCCACCGAUAGACUACCCCCCGAUCGAUUAUCCACAGAUCGAUUGCAAGAACGUUUAUCGAAUGACAGGCUAUCAUCCGAACGAUUAUCGGAUCGAUCGUCGCUAUCGACAAGCGAUAGGCUAUCAUCGGACAGGAAAUCGAGUGAUCGACUCUCCGGCGACAAAAUGCUGAUAGAUCGAAUACCGAGCGAGAAAAUGUCGAUUGACCGCUUAUCGGGCGAGAAACUCGAACGGAUGAGUGAUAAAAUUUCGCACGAAAGACUAUCGAGUGACAAGCUCUCACACGAGCGACUAUCGAGUGACAAACUAUCGCACGAACGGUUGUCGAGUGAUAAGCUCGAGCGGUUAUCAGGUGACAAAUUAUCGAACGAUCGGUUAUCAGGCGAUAAGUUGUCGAUAGAUCGGUUGUCGGGGGAGAAACUACCUUUGGAGCGAGUGGAGAGAAUAGCCCCCGAUCGCUACGUUCGGGCUGAAGCGGACGUUGGUUUUGUACAAUGUCCCGUACAGAAUUCAUUAUUGAAUGGGGGUUCCCGGUCGCGCCGCGUCGCGCUCACCAUCAGCAUCCCGCUGUCGCGCCUGCGCGGCGACACGCUGCGCUCGCUGCAGCGCCCGCGCGGGAAGCCGCCCGCGCCCGCGCCGCCCACGCCGCCCAACGACCACUCGUUGGAGGGCAGCGGCGCCGGGCUGUCGGAGCGGUCGGAGCGCUGCGCGAGCCGCACGCCCAUAUACUACUCCUACUUCGAACGUCUGCCCGCUGAUGCGCUCUCUGAUGAAGAACGGGACCACAAAUACUACCUGGCUGAAGCGAAACGUCUCCGUACGGCCGCGGAGAGAGAACAAGAGCCCCUACCGCGUGUAAUGCUCUACCUAGAGUCGGUUCUGUGCUUCGUCCUCACCGGGCGAGUACUUGAACUGGAACUCGAUACAAAGAAAGCAUUCACGAUCUAUCGAGAGACAAUCGAGUAUAUAAAAUCGAUACACUCGAUGCCUCAACGAUUCCGCGCGUCUCCACAUUCGACUUUCAGCAAGUUGGAUAUACUUAGUCUGCGAGUGCAAGCACUGCUGUACCUGCGAAUGUUCAAAAUGUACAACCGCGAGGUGAGGGAGUACAACAAGAUAGUGCAGGAAUACCAACAGAAGCCGGCGUGCGCAGAAUCCGUGUCGACAGUAUCUGGCGUGUCGGCGUCGUCGGCGCGCUCGGCGUCGCCGCUGUCGCCCUCGCCCUCGCCCGCCGGCUCCGUGGGCUCGGGCUCCGGCUCCGGCUCCUCGGGCUACUGCUCGCUCGCGCACGCGGCCGGCUCGGGCUCCGGCCCCGGCUCGGGCCCCACCUCGGGCUCCGGCCCCGGCUUCUGCACGAUGGCCCACCCGGUGCCCGCGCACGCGCACCACGCCCUGUUGCAGCUAACGAAGUACUACACGUUUCUGUAUGUGGCGCACGAUCUGUGGGAGCAAGCGGACGGAUUGUGCCGGUUGCGGCCUAAUCAAGAUCUAUUCAUCGCGGUGGACCGCAAGUGCGGGCCGCUCACGCUGUUCUCCACGUUCCGCCAUCUCGUGCAGUACGUGCGUCACGCCAUCUCGCUGCUGAAGAACGCGCCGCGCGAG